CUUUUAAAUGUUCAGAUGUCUACUCUGUCCAAUCUAAAACGAGUUUAUGUUCCAUCAACAGAUACAAAAACUGUUCACAUAGAGGUUCAGGAGAAAAAUGAAGAGGACGAGGAUGAAGAUGAUGAGGAUGAUGAAGAUGACGCAGAAAGUGAGGAAGAGGAGGAUGACGAAGGGGAUAGCAGUGAGGAUGAAAAAUCAGCAGAAGAGAAACCUGGAAAGCCAUCAGAGUCUCAUUCCACUGUAUCCAAACCAACUGAGAAGAAGCCUAUUGUAGAGCAGAGCUCAGAGUCUGAAUCUGACUCUGAUGAUGAUCGCACCAAAGAGGAACGGGCCUAUGAUAAAGCAAAGAGGCGAAUAGAGAAACGACGUUUGGACAACCAGAAAACCAUUAACACACAAGUUCUUCGGGCACCAGUUAUUUGUGUCCUCGGACAUGUUGACACCGGAAAGACAAAAAUCCUUGACAAGUUGCGUCAUACUAAUGUACAAGACGGUGAAGCUGGAGGUAUCACUCAGCAGAUUGGUGCCACCAAUGUCCCCUUGGAUGCUGUAAAAGAACAGACAAAAAUGGUUAAAAAUUUUGAUCGGGAGACCAUCAAGAUUCCAGGAAUGCUCAUUAUUGAUACACCAGGUCACGAGUCUUUCAGUAACCUGAGGAACCGUGGAAGUUCUCUAUGUGACAUUGCCAUCCUGGUAGUUGAUAUCAUGCAUGGAUUGGAGCCACAGACCAUUGAGUCAUUAAACUUGCUGAAGACUAAGAAGUGUCCUUUUAUUGUAGCGCUAAACAAGAUUGAUAGGUUGUAUGACUGGAAGAAAAGUCCAGAGACUGAUGUCUCUGCUACCUUAAAGAAACAAAAGAAGAACACAAAGGAUGAAUUUGAAGAGCGCACCAAGUCCAUAAUUGUGGAAUUUGCACAACAGGGUCUGAAUGCAGCAUUAUUUUUUGAAAAUAAAGAUCCCCGCACUUUUGUGUCUAUGGUCCCAACCUCUGCUCAUACUGGAGAUGGCAUGGGUAAUCUAAUCUCCCUCCUAGUUGAUCUCACUCAGACCAUGCUUAGUAAGAGACUGGCCCAUUCAGAAGAGCUAAGAGCUCAAGUAAUGGAGGUUAAAGCUCUUCCUGGCAUGGGUACUACCAUAGAUGUCAUCUUGAUCAAUGGUCGGCUUCGAGAGGGGGAUACUGUUAUUGUUCCCGGUGUAGAAGGUCCAAUUGUCACACAGAUCCGAGGACUUUUGCUUCCUCCUCCAAUGAAAGAAUUAAGAGUAAAGAAUCAGUAUGAAAAGCACAGAGAGGUGCUUGCUGCUCAGGGAGUGAAGAUUUUAGGCAAGGACCUGGAGAAAACUUUGGCAGGUUUGCCUAUUUUGGUUGCCUAUAAAGAUGAUGAAGUCCCAGUCCUGAGAGAUGAGCUCAUCCAUGAGCUGAAGCAGACUCUGAAUGCUAUCAAGUUAGAAGAAAAGGGAGUUUAUGUGCAAGCAUCCACAUUGGGCUCCUUGGAAGCACUGCUUGAAUUCUUGAAAACCUCCGAAGUGCCAUAUGCUGGAAUUAAUAUAGGACCUGUACAUAGAAAAGAUGUCAUGAAGGCCUCUGUGAUGCUGGAGCAUGAUCCUCAGUAUGCUGUUAUUUUAGCCUUUGAUGUAAGAAUUGAAAGAGAAGCUCAAGAAAUGGCUGAUAGUUUGGGUGUACGUGUUUUUAGUGCUGAAAUCAUCUACCACUUGUUUGAUGCCUUCACCAAAUAUAGACAGGAUUACAAGAAACAGAAGCAAGAAGAGUUCAAACAUAUUGCAGUAUUCCCAUGUAAAAUAAGAAUUCUUCCUCAGUUUAUCUUUAAUUCUCGUGAUCCUAUUGUCAUGGGAGUGAUUGUGGAAGCUGGUCAGCUUAAACAGGGGACACUCAUGUGCGUACCAAGUAAGAAUUUUGUAGAUAUUGGGAUAGUGACCAGCAUUGAGAUCAACCACAAGACUGUAGAUACGGCAAAAAAGGGCCAAGAGGUCUGUGUGAAGAUAGAACCUAUCCCUGGGGAGUCUCCAAAGAUGUUUGGAAGACAUUUUGAGGCUACGGAUUACCUUGUUAGCAAGAUCACCCGGCAGUCGAUUGAUGCUUUAAAGAAUUGGUUUAGAGAUGAGAUGCAGAAAACAGACUGGCAACUCAUAGUAGAAUUGAAAAAGGUGUUUGAGAUAAUUUAAAGCUUUCUUUCAAUUGUUGGAACUCCUAAGACCAGAGGAAUUAUAACUUGUAAAGAGAUGACGCGAUGCAAGGGGCGAAACCGAGAAUACUGAACCUGUGGUUUAGAAGAAGAAAAUAAGAGUAGUUUAAAUUUUUUUUCCAUGAGAAACCAAGAAAUUUUACACUGGUUUGACAGUGCUCAAUUUUACACAUCCCCACAGUUCCGGCGUGCCUGCCCAUCUGACCACACCAAUCACUCACUGGCUUCUGUUUUAAAAGGAAUCAAUGGUCGCAAUGUUUUAGUACAGGUUUUCUCUGUUUUUUACUUGUAAAAUUGGCACUGCAGCCUCUAAACUUGGAUCUUUUGAUGUAGAAACAAUGAAUUAAGUCAUUAUUUAUGCAUAUUGCCUGCCCCAGCACUGUGCUUUUUCCAUUGUUCUCUUGAUUUGUGCCUACAUUUUUAAAGGUCAGCAGGAAAGCUACUCUAUCUGCUUCAUGUUAAAUGGUGAUGUAAAAUGUACUGUGGGCAGCAUUUCAGUGCUUGUACAGUUCCUGCCAACACUUCUGACUGUAUUCAUUACACACAGAGCCAGAAAUAAAGUAUAUGGGCAAUACUAA